AGUUUUGUUAUCCUGUUAAGUUUUCUGUGGCGCGCUUCUGGUCAGCUGAGUGAAGGGAAGUGAAGGGAUGCUGGCUUGUCACUGAUCUGCCAAAUGAGCCUGUAGCAUUCAACCAGCCUUUAAAUUACUGUCCCUCUUCAUCGCAGUGAUGUCCAGAUCAGAGAGGUCGACAUCAUCCCUGAGAUAGCACACACACUCUCGCACACAUACACUCACAUAAACACACACUCACGGUCAUGGGGGACCUGGAGCAGUUUGAAGAACUGUUGCUGCGUAGUGCUCGGAAUGGUGAUGUGAAGACUGUGGAGGACAUACUCAAGGCCAGGAAGGAUGGCAAAAUUGAUCUGGAAAUUAACUGUAAAGGCAAGACAAAGAGUAACCAGGGAUGGACACCGCUGCACCUUGCCAGCUACUUUGGGCACAGGGACGUGGCCGAGGUGCUGCUUCAGAACGGAGCAUCACUGGACGAGCUCAAUGAUGCUGGCGACACUCCUCUUCACAAAGCAGCGCUCACCAAUAGAGAGGACGUGGUGUUGCUGCUGCUGGAACAUGGUGCCAGCGUGUCCACCAUCAACGGUGAAGGUCUGCGGCCUGGCAACCUGCCUAGAGACUCUCAGGUGAUAAAUCUGAUUGAGGCAGCUGAGAAGACAGAACAAAGGAGGCAGGAGGAGAAGCUGCUUCACUAUGCAAGGGAAGGAAGGGCAGAGGAGGUAGCGAAGCUGCUCCGAGAACCUGGCGCUCCAAACGUGAAUUGUGUGGAUGCACUGGGCAACACAAGCCUGCACUGUGCUGCAUACCGGGGACACAUUGAUGUGGCUGUGGCGCUGCUGCAGAAUGGCUGUGACCCCUCCAUCAGGAACCACAGCAACCAGACAGCAUUUGACCUGGGCCAGACACAGCAGAUGCAGCAGGUCCUCAAGGUACAGCCGGUGCGCAGCUUCCAACAUAGCGUUACCAGAUUUGAGGGGCCGCUGCUGAGACAGAUGCGCAUUCUGGGAUGGCGGAUGGUGUGGGGUGUGCUAGAACGUGGCGUGCUGACCUUCUUCAACUCUCGUGCGGAUGCCAGCUCUGGUGUGCGGCGAAGGGACUACAAGUACCUGGACAACUGCAAGGUGGUGCCCAUGAUAGGCGGUGACGGAGCCAUGUUCAUCAUACAGUACAAUGACGGCACUUGCCAUCGCCUUGCUGCCACACCAGACCCUCUCCAUCCAGCAUCCAUCAACAGACAGAAAUGGGUGACAAUGCUGAACAACCACAUCCGCUUCUCCACCCACUACGUUCAGCAUGGCCUCUGCAUUGACGAUGACGAUGAAGACGGCCUGGAGCGCACUGUCAAACCUCUCGGCUGCAUGUUUGAUGCACUACAGACAGCCACAGCCCACCAACAGUUGAUGGAGCAGCAGGUGGAGGAGCUGAUGGCCACCUUAGCCUCCCUGGAGCUGGACCACUCCCAGCAGGGCGAGGUGCAUGAUGUCAUCAAGAGGUUCUCCUUGCUGGCAGGAACAGCUCGAAACAUGACCACCAGCCUGACUCACUUCUUUUCCCUCAUGAAGCAGCAGGAGGAGGUGAGAGAGUUGCAGCUAAAAGAGGAGAGGGAGAAGGUUCGAGUGCUUGAAGAGUCCCUUAGAGUAUUGGCCACAGAGCACCACGACCUGGAAGAGUCCAUAGCCUCCCAUGUGUCCUCCAAUGGCUCUUCCAUCUACAACACUCCCGCCAACUCCUACGUGUCGCUGCCUCGGCCACGCAGGUUCUUCGAUGCUGUCAGUGAUGAUGAGUUCUUUGAUGCUUUCUCCCAAGAUGACGGGAGUGGAGGGACCCUAGUCAGUCUUCCAUCACCUUGUGGCAGUGAAUGCUCCACAAACACACUCGUAUCCUGCAUGUCUUCCCUUCCUACAGACCCACAGUCCCCUCAGUCCCCCACACCCCACAUUCCUGGCAUCCCUUCUGGGCCCAGCACCACCCCAGCCUCCAGCAUGAACCAAGGGAGGAGACACUUACACCAUCCCUCCUCUGCCAUCUGAACUGCCUGGGACUCGGCUAACAUAGAAGCUGAUGGUGACGUGAGAGUGUUGGCACAGAACUCCAGCACUGGGAUUGGUAACAUUGUUUCUGGCAGUGUGGCAAGUAAGACAUCAGGCAGCUCAGGCAUGUUAGGGAGUGUGGAGAGCUAUACUAAGUUAUCAGGGUCCAGCCACACCCAGAGUUCAAAUUCACACACCACAUCAUCCCUUGCUGUGACACCGCUGGUCAGGACGUCUGAUUUGAGCGACCACAGCGAUGGUAGUGACGAGACAGUGACCAGCGAGUCCCGCCGAUGCUCACACACUGAAGAGAAGUCCUCCUUCAGUCUGGUGUCUCUGGGCGGCACCCGGUACAGCUCCCCUUACUUAGGUCCCCGCAGAUGCUGGCGCUCUUGGGGGAGAACCAGCCUACCCGCGGAGCAGUUUCAGCGCAACGACUUCUCGCUGUGGUCGGUGCUGAAGCAGUGCAUAGGCAAGGAGCUCUCCAAGAUUACUAUGCCUGUGGUCUUCAACGAGCCACUCUCCUUCCUCCAGCGCAUGGCCGAGUAUAUGGAGUACGCAUGGCUGUUGGACAAAGCCGACGCCCAGCAGGAUCCCGUGGUCAGGAUGCAGUACGUGACGGCUUUCGCGGUGAGUGGUCUGGCGUCGAACUGGGAGCGUGUUGGCAAGCCCUUCAACCCACUGCUGGGCGAGACUUACGAGCUACAACGAGACAACUAUAGAAUAGUGUGUGAGCAGGUCUCCCACCACCCACCAGUGUCCGCCUUCUACGCAGACUCCGAGCACUGGAACUUCCAUGGCUCUAUCCACCCCAAGUUGAAGUUUUGGGGCAAGAGUGUGGAGAUCCAGCCCAAGGGAUGCCUCACUGUGGAGUUCCCAAAUCAUGGGGAGGCAUAUACUUGGAGCAACGUCAACUGCUGUGUGCAUAACAUCAUCGUGGGCAAGCUGUGGAUUGAGCAGUACGGCUCCAUGGAGAUCACCAACCAUGCUACAGGUCACCGGUGUGUACUGACCUUCAAGACAGCCGGAUGGUUCUCCAAAGACCUACACCGCAUUGAAGGCUUCAUAUUUGACAAAAAGAAGAAGAAGCAGUCUUUCUUGUACGGGAAGUGGACAGAGUUUCUCCGAGCCACUGACAUCACGUCCUAUGAAGAUUAUGUCAAAACCAAUGCUCAUAAGUUCAGUAGUAAGAAGAGUGACAAGAAGUCCGAGGAGGCCCCAGCAUCUACCAGCCCAGCCCAUGCCCCCCACAAGGUGCUGAGGAAGCUUAACACCAUUACCUCAAGCUUCAGAAUGACCACAGAGGCUGAGGCAGUGGUGGGACCUGAUGGGGAGGAUGGGGAAAUGCACCCUUCAGAUGAACCAGAGGAGGGGGAAGGCAGCUACCCUCGCACUGACUCCACCUACAGCAUUGACAUCCCCAACUCAUCAACGCUGUGGGAGGUUGAUCCAAGACCCAACAACUCCUCACAGUACUACCACUUCACACUGUUUGCCAUGUCCCUGAACGAGACGAGUGAAGACCUGCGCCGCACCCUGGCCCCCACUGACUGCAGGAUACGGCCAGACAUCCGCCACCUGGAGAUUGGUGACAUAGACAGUGCAGCCGCUGAGAAGAACAGGUUGGAGGAGAAGCAGCGAGAUGCACGAAAGAGCCGGAAAAAGACCAAAAUUGAGUGGAAGUCCAGGUGGUUUGAGCAGGGGACAAACCCAUUCACUCGGCAGGAGGACUGGCUAUACAGUGGAGGAUACUGGGACCGGAACUUUGAGGAGCUUGAUAUAUUUUGAUGGCAAGGCAGUGUACUGUUCACGCUGCCCCUGACCAUCCCUGGGUUUGCUGGAAGCUUUGUCAGAACCUCAGGAACAUGAUGGAGGUAGCUGGUAAGUUGUGACGCAAUGGUCUGGUUGUUACCGCCACAGGAAGGGCAGCUAGGAUUGCUUUCGCUGUCAGAUCUUUGUCAUGUCAAGUUGUAAAAGUGCAGGAAUGAAUUUUUUUGAAAGACAGGAAGUCCUUAAGCUGUCAGGUUGUUGUCUGUGUCAGGAUUAUUUAUGUACAUGGAGUUUUGAGGCAGAGGUGAGUGUGUGUGUUAAGAUGUGGAUGUUAAGUGAAGUGAAGUGAAGUAUGUGCAAUGUUUGUUGGCCGUGCUAGUUUGGGAGAGGAGGUGAGACAAGCAGUGCUUCUGCUAGUCAGAGAUGAAGAGAUGAGUGAUAUUUGUGUCAAUGAAAGAUAGAGGUGAGUGUAGAUGUUAAUGAGAGGUGAGGAGAUGAGCUAGAAAUGAGUGGUGUUCAUGUCAACCAAAGAUAGAGAUAAGUGUACGUACGACCAAGAGAUGACAAGAUGAAUGGUGUUUGUGUUAAUCAAGAAUAGAGAGAUGAGUUAUUUGCCAACCAGAGAGAUGGAGAGAAGGAACAAUUGAAUAGUGUAUCUUCAAAUGCACCAAAACAACACACUUAUGAAAACACAGCUCACAUAAGAAACAAGAAACAAGCUUUGAGGGAAUGAGAGAGUGAGAGGAAGAAGCAUGAGUGUUUUGAAGCCCCUAUACCAGUCAGGUGAAGCAGUUAUAAGUAUUUGCAGUCACUCUGAACUGUCUUGUGUCUCUUCCACUUAUACAAGGAAGGUUCACAUUUUGAAUGAUUAUUAUUACUUUUAAGUGAUGUUAUUGUUAUUAUUUAAGAGUACAAUUGACUAUUAAGUUAUCUUUAAUCAUGUAUUGUUUUAUAUUGUUCAUGUUGCUUUUAACUCUUGUUUGUUUAGGUGUACAUAUGGACAGAAUGAGAGAGAGAGAGAGAGAGAGAGAGAGAGAGAGAGAGAGAUGCUUUUAAAUAUUUACCCAUAACCAAAGAUUUUAUUGUUACCUAAUAUUUCUUUAUCUCUUGUCCUAUAUAUGUAUUCACAUUAUCUAUUUUUCUCUACAUUGCUUUUAACUCUUUAUGCAUUUCAUUCCAAAUUUUGAGUCAGAAAUACUUGUUUUUUAUUAAGAACUAUCUUUUAAACCUUAGUAAAUCAGAUUGUUUUGUUUUUAGUGUUUUAACAAAGAAUUCACUGUCAAGGGCAAAGAGAGAGAGAGAGAGAGAGAGAGAGAGAGAGAGAGAGAAUGUGCUUGAAUGUGUGUGUGUGUGUGUGUGUGUGUGUGUGUGUGUGUGUGUGUGUGUGUGUGUGUGUGUGUGUGUGUGUGAGUGAGUUAGUGUGAGUGUGAAUUUGUGCAUACAAUAUUCAUCCAGACGUAUUCCCUUAUCCCUACUUCCCUAGUCCACUGCUUCCCUGCUCCUUGCCCCCUAGCUCCCCCCACCAUUGUUUAGGCAUCACCAGGCCAGUAGCCCCCACACACCACUUGCUUGCUGACUGUUCCCGUGUGUAGCAAGAUAGAGACAAAAUAUAUAUACUACUCCUAGCUCAUGGUUCAAUUCAUAAUCUGAAUUUUAGAGUGUUUAUUACAGAGGUUCACUUAAAGGUGUGUUUCAUUUUACUACAUUUUUAAAAUUAGAAAAUAUAGCACAGCAUUUUAUAUCAGUAACUAAAAUUAACUUCUUUGAAUAGUACCUUCAUAUAUGGCCUACUUAUUUCAUGUGACAUUUCUUUGGUCUGAUAUGUUUAAAUUUUAACAACAUGAAAAGAAAAAAAACUACAAAUCACAUUUUUAAACUCACAGAUACACAUGAUUUUAUAUUAAUGAAAAAAAGUACCCUAUGUUUGAAUACCAGCAUUUCAAAUUAUAAUAGUAUUUGAUUUUACAUCCUUUAGCUUUUGAGGGUUUAAUUUGACACCCCUUAGCUAUACAGUGUUUGAUUUGACAUCCCUUAGCUCCACAGUAUUUGAUUUGACACCCCUUAGCUCUAGAAUAUAACGGACAGCUCACAGAGAGGUAGGAGAGAGAGGUGAGCUGCCUCCGAGCCCAGCAGCCUUGUAGGAACCCUAAAGAACACCACCAACACCUCUAGUUGCUCAGCCAGUAGGUCUGUGUCUGUCUGUGUGUCUCUCUGAAUGUCCAUACUGUGUUCUCUGUGCUUGUGAUGGACCAAUGUUUGCUGUUUGAGGCUUUCGUGUUACACUGGAGAUGUUAAAAGUAGAUCAGCAGUGUCUAUUUUGUGUAGAGUGUGAGAGUGUGUGCUCGAGUUCAGAAGUCAUGUGGCUUUUCACAUUCAUCUCCUCAGUGCUUCAUGUUGUCCCUUUUGUCUUUAAUUGUCACACCUUCUGGCAGUCUGAUGAUACCCAGGGAUUGUUUCUCAGCUAAUGCAUGGCUGAGAUUCAAGGGAGAGGAUGGAGCGCAGUGGAGAUAAGUUGGGAGGAACUACAUGACUUCUGACUCUGACUGUACAUGUAUACCUUGUAUCUAUAUGGGACUUGGGCCUUUCCUACCAGGGGGUUCUAGUGUAAUGAGAGACUAGGGACAUGUAUAUAUUAUACUACUCAGAAGUGUAUUUUGUCCCACAGAUCCAGUAGUAGGUUGUUCUGUGUUAAGGAAUCGAGUACCAUGUCUAAUAUUACUUAAAUGUUAUGCUUAUUUAUGAUAUGAUAUGAGGGGUAGUGAAUAUUAUGUCACUGUUUCAUUGGUUAUAUCGAAAGGUUAUAUUGUUGCAUAGUUUACUGAUGAUCCUACGAUAGAGUUUAUUGCUACAUGUACUAUACUCUCUUGUGUCAUUGUGUUAAGGCUUUGGUUGAGAAAUUGGCUGAGCUUUCCUGGGUUCUUGGCAAACUGAUGGCCAGCGCUCACUGUCUUUGUUCCCGUGGCAAUGAUGGCUAUUGUGAGGCGUGUGGCAAACCUUCAGGCCUUCUAUCCAUUGUUUGUCUCAGUUCAGGCAAGAUAACACUGCAGAGAGGCAUGAUGGGAAUGUCUAAAUGCUCACACACUUGGAUACUUUAAUAUUUUCUUUGUUUUCAGGCAAGGUAACACCGUGUAGAGAUGUGGGUUGGGUGUAACAUAUGCUGGUAGUGUCUGUCUAUUUAGACAUACAGAUACUUGAAUAUUUUUCUUAUUUUUCAUGCAAGGUAUCACUGCAGAGGUGUGUGUGUGUAGGGUGUGACUUUUGACAGGAGUAUUCAGCAUUGACACUUUGAUACUUGAAUGAUUUUGUUUGCAUUCAAAUAGAGACAUCAGGUGUAAUGUUUGCAGGGAGUGAUAAGAUUAUACACUUUGAUACCUUUAUAUUUCUCUCAUUUCUUUUGUUUUCAUGCAAGGUAACUGUGUGCAAAAAGGGAAGGCAGAUGUAACAUUUGUCAGGUGUUGAAGAAAGCUUGAAGAGUUAAACAGUACUCUAAAACUUCUCUUGUUUCAAACUUAACAUUGUGCAAAGUUGAAGGGUUAGAUGAUGAUGUGAGUAAGAACAGGAGCAUUCAUUCACCUCCAAAACUCAGAUGAUACAUGAAGUGAAGGUAAUUUACUGUAACGUAGAGGUGUGAUUUGGUGUGUCUUAAGCUUGCAGAGAGAGAGAGAGAGAGAGAGAGAGAAGGCAUAUUAACUAUCAUGGGUAAUUUCUGGUGCCUGACAUCAAACAAGCCAUAUAUUUUUACUAACACAACAAGACCAAACCAGAGAGAGCGAGAUGAGGCAGGUUAACUAUCAUGGGUAAUUACUGGUGCCUGACAUCAAACAAGCCAUAUAUUUUUACUAACACAAGAAGACUAAGCCACAAUAUCUUGUGCAGUGAAGAGUGACAGCCCCAAUGUUUCUCUAUAGAUUUAUUUUUGCAAACCUUUUUUUCCUCUUGAGUGGUUUAGUGAUGCUGAGAGUGAAGUGGUGUGGAGUGGUGAUGUGCUCUGUUUCACCUUGUUUGUCAUUAAUUUUGCCAUGUAAGGAUACAGAAAUAUAGUAAGACUGUCACCUA